GAUCUUGUCAAAAUUACUUACUGAUAAGUUAUUUUCUAGUGGAGAAGAUCUUGAAUGUGUGUCAGAUUAAGAUAAUGUCUAUGUAGUUAUUUAACACCGGAUUAACUUAAUUCUAGUGCCUCUCUUUUUAAAGGAUUAUAAAACACUUCACACAAAAUUCAUCGUAGACAAUGUAUAUAGGAAACUUUGUGUUUGGAUUUUUUUUAGUUUCAUGUAUUUUUGGAUGUUCAUUAGCUGUGCCCUUUAGUCUCUUCUUCCCAUCGGGGGGCGACAGGGGAGACAAAGUUUUGCAGUCUGGAGACGAUGUCAGUUCUGAUGAGAUUGCUUUACAAACGCCAAUUGCUUACUAUGACGACAGAUAUUCCAGUAUUUUUGUUAAUAAUAAUGGACAUUUAUCAUUUGAAUCAGAGCUUCCAGCUUAUCAAUCAACAUUAAUAUUACCAAUAGGAUUUAAAGUAUUAGCAGCAUUCUUAUCUGACAUAGACACAACUUAUGCAGGGACACUUUAUUACAGGGAAACAGAUGAGGCAGAUUUGUUACAGAGAGCAGCUUUAGAUGUUCAUGCACAUUUCGCUGAUUUUGAUAAUUACAUGCCAACUAGUCUGUUUAUUGCAACCUGGGAUCAUGUUGGAUUCUACAAAGAAAAUGACACAUUGUUAAACACUUUCCAGAUAGUGAUUGCUUCUGAUGGUCAGGAUUCCUUUAUUUGUUACCAUUAUCUUGAUGAUGGAAUUAACUGGAUCACUAGUUCAGGGAAGGAAAGCCCAUAUUAUCCAGAUCCUCCAGCUCAGGCAGGAUUUGAUUCUGGGGAGGGACGACGGUAUUACAGAUUACCAAACUCUGGAACAAAACAAGUUAAGGACCUUGCUACGUCCUCCAAUAUAAAUGUGCCUGGAGCCUGGAUUUAUAGGAUUGGUAGAACUAAUGGAGGCAACAUAUUAUCUCCUGAUCUAAACACUGGGGAUGUGACUAUCUUUGAACCUGACAUGGGAUCAGAUACAUGUUUAGAAGGAGCCAAAACUUGUCAUAUCAAUGCACAAUGUGUAGAUUUUGAGAAAGGUUUCUGUUGUGAAUGUAUGACACCAUUCUAUGGAAACGGAUUAAGCUGUUUGAAACCAGGAGUAGCUCAGAGACUGAACGGCAAGCUUAAUGGGGUAUUGAACAGCCUGUCUCUAACGAACCUAGACAUGCAUGCUUAUGUAGUUACCGCUGAUGGAAGAGCCUACACAGCUAUAAGUCGUAUCCCCAGAGCCAUCGGAGCACAGAUGUUGACACUGAACACUAUUGGUGGUAUCGUUGGAUGGAUGUUUGCUGCCACACAAUCAGAUAGAGCUAAAAAUGGGUAUAUGUUGACAGGUGGUGAAUUUAACAGAACAGCAGUAAUUAAGUAUCAGAGUGGGCAAACUGCAUAUGUUAGACAACAGUUCUUUGGCCAUGAUGCUCUAGAUAGCAUUGCCCUACAGACCACGAUAGAAGGAACUGUCCCCGAUAUAAUUAAUGGAGUAAAGAUCACAAUAGAUGAUUAUAAGGAAGAGUAUAGGAGGGUUUCUCCAGGUGUUAUAAAAUCAUUUUCCACAAGAACAUACAGAAUGAACGAAGUAGCAUACAAGUAUACCUGGGAUCAAACCAUUACAUUCAAGGAAUGUCAACACGACCCAUCCAGACUGAUUUCUGAUAGUAUGAGAUUAGGUGUAACUAGAAACUUUGUUGUCUAUGAUGACCAGAAUGAUGUUGUCAGAUACGCUAUGUCUAAUAAAAUUGGAAUUAUGACUGGAAUGGAUCCCUGUCUUGAAGGAGUACAGAAUUGUGAUUCUAAUUCUAAUUGUAUACCUCGUGGUGACCAGUAUGAUUGUGUAUGUAAGACAGGAUUCUCUGGUGAUGGACGUGCUUGUACAGAUGUUGAUGAAUGUGUAGCAGAUUUGAAUAUAUGUGAUGUUAAUGCCAGAUGUUACAAUGUUCCCGGUAGUUUUCAGUGUCAGUGUAAUUCUGGUUAUCGUGGUGAUGGUAGAUCUUGUGUCAAGGAAGUUGUACUGUGUGGUGAUAAUACCUGUCAUGAUAGAGCUAGAUGUGUAUACAACAGUGACUUACAGAGACCUAUGUGUGAAUGUAAUACAGGAUUUACUGGGGAUGGAACAAGAUGUGAACCUAUACAAUUUGGAUGCAAUGAAGUAGCUGGAGUUUGUCAUGAGGAUGCUGAAUGUGUGUAUGAUGUUGAUGAUGAAAAGUACAAAUGUCAGUGCAACGAAGGCUUUAGUGGUGAUGGUGUAAGCUGUGAACGUUCCGAAAUAGCUGACUGUAAUUGUGAUCGUAAUGCUGAAUGCCUAUGGGAUAUUGUGAUGUUUGCCUACAGAUGUGUAUGUUUGCCUGGGUUUACUGGUGAUGGAAGAACAUGCUCUCGUAUAGAAGUGCCCUCUGUAUGUAGCAACUGCCAUGUAAAUGCUCGCUGUGUUUACGAUGAGAUAACACGACAACAUGAAUGUGUAUGUUCUAAAGGUUGGACUGGGGAUGGCACAGAUUGUCAGAUGGAAGACUGUCGUGUCACACAGAACUGUGAUCGAAAUGCUGAUUGUGUCAAUGAUGUUAUUGUUGGUAAAUUCCGAUGCCUGUGCAAAAAUGGGUUUAUGGGUGAUGGGUAUCGUUGUGAACCAGAGGGUUGUAACAUGUACAAUGACUGUGAUAUUAAUGCCCAAUGUGUUGUGGAUGAUAGAGUAAAUAGGUACAGAUGUGUAUGUAAUACUGGAUAUGACGGGGAUGGUAAAGUUUGUAUAUCAAGAGUGGUGCCAUGUAACCAAGUAAACAAUUGUGGUCCUAAUGCUCAAUGUUUGUAUGAUCCUGAUUCCUCGUCAUACAGAUGUCGAUGUUCCGCAGGGUAUCAAGGAGAUGGGUACAGAUGUGAACCAAGAGGUUUGGAUUCCUGUAGACGAGAUCCCAGAGUGUGUGACAGACAUGCCAGUUGUAUAUUGAAUGUAGAUAUUUAUGCUUGUGUAUGUAAUGAUAAUUACAGAGGUGAUGGAAGAAGAUGUGAACCUAUAAGUAAUAGAGAUAACUAUUUACUGUUUAGUAGAGGUUACACUAUACACAAAGUACCUUACAUACAAACUCAGGAUGAUAUGGGGCAGAGAGUACUUUAUAAACCAGAUCAGUUAAUUAUUGAUGUGGAUACAGACUGUGUGGAUGGAGAUAUUUACUGGACAGAUGUUUCUGGUGGUCAAAUAAGCAGAGCAAAACUGGAUGGUUCUAAUGAAACAGUCAUUAUUAGUGGUCAGAGUUCACCUGAAGGUAUUGCCAUUGACUGGUUAUCUAGAAACUUGUUCUGGACAGAUUCAGGACUAGAUAUUAUUCAAGUAUCAAUGCUAAAUGGAACAUACAGGAAAACUCUAGUUUCAGAAGAUUUAGUGAAUCCUAGAGCCAUUGUUGCUGAUCCUAACCAGGGAAUGAUAUAUUGGACAGAUUGGAACAGAGGAGCACCAAAGAUAGAGAAGGCUUACAUGGAUGGAACACAUAGAGAAGUCCUUGUAGAUACAGACCUAGGACUACCUAAUGGACUCGCCCUUGACCUUUAUACCAAUCAACUUUGCUGGGGUGAUGCUGGUACAAGUACAAUAGAAUGUAUAAGAACAGAUGGUGUAGGGAGAGCAACACUGACAGAUGAAGCACCAUAUCCCUUUGGUUUGACAUUUUCUGGCAGCAGCAUAUAUUGGUCAGAUUGGAUUAUACUAAAUGGUGUAUCAAGUGUAAAUCGUAAUGGCCAAGUAUCAGAUGAAUCUUUAAGUUUACCUAUUGGAGGAAAUGGUAAACUAUAUGGUAUAACAGCAGUCAGAGCUCAAUGUCCUAGAAUAAACAAUGCCUGUGCCAGGAAUAAUGGAGGCUGUACAUUCCUUUGUUUACCCACCCCCAAUGGUGGCAGAACCUGUACAUGUCCUGAUGAUAUAGAUCCUGAGAGAUGUAAUCAAGUAGCUCUACUAAGAAAAAGAUGAACGUAAAUCAUCCGACUGCAUAGAGACCAUGAUAAAAAAUCAAUAGAAGACAAAAUUGUGAAACCAAAGAUGUGUAUUGCUAGCAAUAGUAGUUAUAUGCAAAACAAAUCAUUUUCAUAAAGAGUUUCUAGGUAUUAUCUACAUAUUAAAUAAUAUUAUAUUGAGUUUAAUCUUUUGUCAUUCUCAUAGCUUUUGAGUGAAAAACUGUUUACAUUUUCAGACUUUUGGCAAACCAAUACCCAUUCCUUUGUUUACAGUUUAAAUGAAACAAAGAGAACAAAACAUACCAAAUGAAAAUUUUAACAUCAUGGAAAAUUUCAAUUGAUUUGAGAUUAAGAUAUUUUAUAAAUCAAGUCUAUAUAUAAAGUUCAGAAAAAGUUGUUGGUGUGUUUCUUUUUUUAAUUUCAUUUAUACUUUUUUGUAGAUAAUAUGUUCUAAGGUUGUACAAUAUGAUGUUUUUAACAAGAUCUGAUGUACAUAUUGUAUAAUUUGUAUUAAAAUACUCCAUAUAUAUAUGUAUGUAUGUAUGUAUGUAUAAAUUUAGUGCCAAAAUAUAGUCCCUAUCAAGAAUUAUGACUGUGAACAAAUUUUAGAUCUCGUUGAAGAAGUUACUUUUUAUUUUAUUUGUUUUCUUUUACAUGUAACUAUAUAAAACAGAUAUUAUUAUCACCUAUAUACAAAUCCAUCUAUUUUUAGUCUGUAAAGAAGGACUGGUAUCUGCUUGCUAUUUAAUUUGAUAUUCUAAGUUUUUUAUAUACAAUGUUAAAUGUGUGCUAUGUAUGAAUAUUUGUUAAUCUUUAAAUAUGUUACUCCUGUUUCUUUCACAACAAAACAUUGUCCUGCAACACUAAAGUAAACAUAUACAAUUAACAAAUAAAAGGUUUAGCAUCAUCAGCUAGACUUUUCACACUAAAAAAAUACUUAUACAUCUGCAGUGUAAAUAUAAUCAGCCAAUCUCAUACAAUUUAUUAUUGAUAUUUUAUACUCAGAUAUUCAGGUUACAAAAUGAUGUCUAUUAGAAUAGCCAUAUUCAUCAAGAAAACAAUUUUACCAAUUGCGUUAUACAAGUACUGGUGGUAUUUUAUAAAUGAUGAAUUCCACAUAGUUCUUUACUCUGAUUUGCUCAGUAGCACCCAGGAAAAGUUUUAUCAUGAUGUAAAGAAUUUACAAAAUCUCUUUUCUUGAGAUACUGAUAGUCGAAUUCAAAAUUUGUAUUUGAAUACAGAAAAGAUGCAAGCCAGAAAGAAAAUAAAUAACAAGGAAAUCAUAUAGGAUUGAAUUCCUUUACAAAAUCUCAGUUACUCAAUAAAUAUUCAAAAUGUCAGAUUUAAUUGUAGGUAUUCAUUUUUUGGUGAAAUCCAAGUUGGAAAUGUUCUCUUGUCACUGAAACUCAACAUUUUUAAAUGUCCAAAUCCGGUUUCUAUGUUAGUGUCAGUAUGAUUUUAUAUAAAUUUUGUAAUUUUUUACAUUGUAUUUGCCAAAGAAUACUCAAAACAUGGUGUUCAGCAUGUUUUAUACUGCUCAAACAGACUCAUUUUAUACAUAUAACAAGCACACCUCCAGGAUUUAAGGCUUAGGAGGGGGAAUCUUAAAAAUUAUGCUUAGCCUAGUAAGGCAACAUUUUUAAAAACAAAUCCAUGCAAAUCAAACAAUAUUUUUCUGAUUUUAAAGAGGUUUGCAUCAGAUGUGCAAUGAAUCCGCCCUAGUAUAAUUAGUAUUUUGACCUUGUAAUGGGAGAGUAGUAGUAUUUGUAUUUAAUAGGUAGAAUUCUGUAGUUAUAAUCCAUGUUCUCAAAAACAUUUCAAUAGUACCAAUUAGGUAUUAUAAGUAAUACUAUGAAGUUUAGGCUGUUAUUAAAAUAUUGUACUGCAUCCUGAUAAAAUUGUAAUGCUCAAUAAAAAUGUUACAUCUCUUUCAA